GAGGCAACUCCCGUUCCUCAACACGAACAACGACAACGGAUAGAUGCGUGCAUUGGCCGUUGCAGCCAUCAACUCAACCCUUUCCCUCCGCGAUUUGCAAUCUUUGCCGCUUGCUUGUUAUUGUGAACAGAUGACGAGUUUGUUUCCUUCUUACCCAAAUACCACUUUGGUGGUUGUGAGAAAAAGGACUUGCUUCCAAAGAAGCACUUACUUGUUUGAUUGAUUGAUAGCUGUACGUAGUUUCCAAAGGUGGAGGUCAAUACCGGUAUAGCUCACUCUAUCAGGCGGCAAACCAGCGGGGACACUAAAGGUGGGACGUUCUGGCCAUGGCAAACAAAGUUUACAACAACGGCGGCGAUUACGUGUACGAUUAUUAUGCCGCCGGCAACCAAAAUGGCGAUCACGACAUUCACGAUCAUGAUUUCCGAACAAGAGUCUACCCGCCAUUCAACCAAGUUCAAGAUGAUGAUCAUUCCAACGAUGAUUUUCCCAGGGCAGUCCAUGACACUGAAAUGAUUCGAAACUACUACACUCGCAGUGGUACCGCCCAAGCUCCAUCCAGCAGCAGCGGCACGGAGAGUGCUAAUGAUGCCAACGAUGCCAAUGCUUACUUGUUCGUUACCACAGUGUUUGUGUGCAUUUGUAUCAACAUUCUCCUGUGCUGCAUGGUGUCUUGGACCCGACGAAACACGCGACGGCAGCAUCGCAAAAGGCAAGCGCACCUCAACUCGGUCGAGGCAACGCUGCAAGGUUGGACUCUUAUGUUUGCUCGAUACGACAAUGACGAAGAUCGGGUUCGUUUGAACUAUAAUGAGGACCAUGACAGCGAAACAGGUGGAGAAGCGGGGGAGGGCAUCCCGCCAGAGAAGACACCCUCGUAUGAGGUGGUACUGAAAUUCCCUUUGCUUCGUCGAAGGGGAAGCACGAGAAAACAAAAUAUUAUGAAACACUUGCAGGUCGUCUGCAACUCGGGAAACGAGCCAAAUGCCAGCAACAAUCAUCUACGAAAGUCUGACGGAGUCAAAACGUCCCGAGAGCGAGACACUGUUUGGGAUACGCUGAAGGAGAUUGCACACUGGGACAAAGAUAUUGACGACACGGUCGCCCUUGGCCUUCCCUUUAUAGCUCGGGCUGGCGUCACUGGAUUGACAAACACGCUCACUUUGAUCGUCAUUGGAAAGCUAGUUGGAAUUCAAGAACUGUCUGCGUACGUGGUGGUGAGAUUCCUCAUCGAGUUUGCGGGAAAGAUGGUGGCAGGGAUCCAUGAAUCACUCGCUACGUUGUGUGGUCCUGCUGUUGUCAACGAGGAUCACGAGCUUGUUGGGCAAUACGUUCAAUUGUCAAUUGUCUUCUGCUUUUCGUUGACCCUUCCAAUCUUCAUUUUCUGGUACUGCUGCAUGAGUUCAGCCCUCCGUUGGUUCGGUUUGGAUGAUGAGACAGUCGCAACCGGCUUUGGUUUUGCCAUGAUAUUGCUCAUUGACAUGGCAUUUCGGGGGAUCCAAGAGUCCCUGCAUGCUUUACUAGACAUCAUUGGUUACCAAAGCUACAGUACAAUAAUCAUUGUACUGGAGAAGAGUUGCACCUUUAUGAUAACUCUGGCGGUUGCCAUGUUUUCAAAGCCGAGUCUCCAAGGGAUUGGAAUCAUCCAGUUCUUCUUUGGGGCUACGUUCCUCGUGAUCAAUUGUUAUAUUAUUUCCUUGAAAGAUUAUUUUGAGCCCUAUCUCUCAGGGAUGCUUGGGAAAGAGGCUUUGCGCAACACCGAGGCUGCCAAGCUGCUGCUGAAGACAGGGUUCCAUCUUUCGUUCGGGUACAUGUUGAUAGAAGGAGAGUGGGGAAUCCUGGCAGUUUUUGCGCGUUUCUUGGGUCCUGCGUCAGUUGUAGCAUGGGGGAUCUUAGGGGAACUCUGGGAUGGAAUGGAACUGUUGACAGAAGCCCUAGGGGAUGCUGCUGAGGUGCGCUGUUCGCAUUUGUUAGGAUCCCGCGAAUCUGAGAGAGCCAAGAUGCUAUCCUACAGGACACUGUAUGUUGGUUGUAUGUUGGCUGGAAGUGUCAGCACAUUUGUAUUCUUUGCAGGGUCGUAUAUCCCCAAAUGGAUUACAAACGACGAAGUGUUACAGGCUAUUCUAGCGAGCAUAAUGCCCUUCUUUGCAUUGGGGAACCUGACAUUGACGUUUGGUCAACUGUGCUGGGCAAUGCUAGGCGCACAAGGAAGAAACUGGCUUGCCACAGCCACUGCUUUCUUUGGGACUGGUUUUGUUUGUAUCCCUCUUGCCGCUUUCUUUAGUUUGGCAGUGCAAUUUCCAUUAUCGGGGCAGACCUCAGCAAUGGUGAUAGGAUAUGUGACAUCUGGGUCGCUGCAAGCAUACUUGCUUUAUACUUCCGAUUGGGAAAGCAUUUCCAACAGGGUCAUGCAUAGAACAGUUAACAACGUGGCGUAGGCCCAGAUACGGGUACACUGCACGACCUCUGGCUAUGAUCCCACACAAUCAGAGAAGAAACGAACUUGUUGCUUCCUGUUAGUUAGGUGGGAGCCCCGGGCACCAGCCUCAUGCGAAAAGUCGGACUCGGAAGGCUGAUCAGCUUCACUGCAGCAGGUUUUGCCAAGCCCAAUAAAGCAUCCAACUCAAAAUGCGGCUCCUUUUUGGCCAACGGGACGGUGUCGGAACGACUGUUUUGGGGAGGUUUACAAUCCACGCUUCCAGCCCACGAACCCGCAUUUCAUGUACCGGUACCGGUAGAUCGCGGCAC